AACUUCAGUGCAACGAUCUAAACAAAGGCGAUGUGAGAGAACGAGUGAAUUCAACGUCCGUUUUGGUACGAUAACAGACUAGCAGACAAGUGGAGGCUUUGGAGUCCCAACAGUUCCUAAAUUGAAGGAGAGAAAGCUUCUCCCCUGUUAUUAGGCUCAACUAGGAAAGGGAGAUUGGAGAUUGCCGUGAGACGACGGUUGCGCCUCCACAGUUUUGGCCUUCUCUAGGAGGCAGGCGGUUGCUGCCAUUGUCUCUCUCCUAACCAAUCACAACCUUUUUACUCGCUCUCUCUGUCCCUUCAUUCUUCUUCCUAUUGGCCGGAACUUUGCUUUCUAGUUUGCAAGCUCUGAGAAUAGGAAGAACUAGCACAUUUGCCACACCUUUCGACAUUUAUAUCCUCCUCUGGUUCGACAUCUGCUGGAAAAUUAAGGAGAUUGAAUCUUAGCAAUGGCUCCUGGCUUUUCAGGGGAGACAUACACCUCAGUCCGCAGCAAUGAGUUAUGCCAAAAACCAAAAAAAGCGGUAGCGACGAAGGUCCAAAGCCCGUGUGGGUGGGCGGGAGAUUCUAUCUUGUCAGUUGAGCUCCGGAAGAAAAUAUUGAUCUUCCGAGAUCUAAUCGACCUUCCUCCUUGCGAUCGCUCUGUUCCCAUUAAUCAGCUGAUGAUUGGAACCGUUGAAGAUCUUCACAAGUCAUAUCCUGACGUUGUAUCGGCCAAAUUGAACUCGGGAAGAGUAGAAAUAGCGGUACAACAGGGACUGAUCCAUCUAUAUCAUGCUCUAAGAUCCGUCAGCAAUUUGUGGGCGAAAAACAACAAGUGGAUAGUCAGUACUGGAGAUAUUGCUGAAGAUGGAAUGGACAUUGCCGAUUUAGAUCAACUGGGUGCCAAAGUGCUUGCUAAGCUCCAUCACAUGAUAAACAGAGCUAAGGAGUUAUUCGAUGCAAUGGAUGAAGAUGAGGAGAUCAGUGACAGCAACAAAAAGAGUAAUGUUUUUGGGGAGACCUUGAAUGAGUCCUGCCUGGACAACAAAAGUACCUGUCCCUCACCCGACACCCCAACAUCAUUCCCGCCCGAGCUGAAUCCUCCCAUGAGACUGCCCGAACUCACUGAGAUCGCUUUCAGGCCUCCGUUUCUUAUGCCUCAACAAAUUCAAGCGGUGAAGCAACUAAAGCUUCUUGAUGUGAAGUGUUUCCCAUUCUACACCCUUCCUUAUGCUCCGAUGCCAAGCCACAACCUUUUAGAAGGUAGUGACAUGAACAAGAAACCGUACGUGCCAACUCCUGAAAAUGAAGCAGUUGCUGGAAGACUACCUGCGGAAGAAAGCAACCACAGGACAAAGGAUUUUAAGGAAUCAGAUGGUUUCCAUGAAAUACAAAGUGUAAGUUCAGAUGUGAAGAAACCGGUGUCCGAAGGCCUAGAGGUACCAAUCCUUCCACUGCCACCACCGUUGCCUCCUCUUCCUCCAGCUAUGCCACCAGAGGACUUGUCUUUAUCAUUCAAUCAACCAGAGAAUACUCUGCCCCCGCCUCCACUGCCAAUUCCACCAAGUAAAGGAUCAUCAUCAGCUCCACCUCCCCCUAUGCCACCAUCCAGGGGAGGUGCACCGCCACCACCUCCUCCAGGUAGUAUGGCAAAAGCGCUGCGCGCCAAGAAAGCAAAUACCAAGCUAAAGAGAUCUACAAACAUGGGCAAGUUGUACAGAAACUUGAAGGCAAAGGUAGAAGGUGGAGAGAAAACCCAAAACUCAUCUAAAGGCAAAAGAACACCAGUCGGAGGGUCUUCGUGCGGGAAACAAGGAAUGGCUGAUGCCAUAGCAGAGAUUGCCAAAAGAUCAACAUAUUUUCAACAGAUUGAAGAAGACGUUCGAGAGCACAGCGAUUUGAUUAAGGAGAUAAAAGGAGCCAUCAAUGCUUUUCAAACAAAGGACAUGUCUGAACUCCUUAAAUUCCACAAGUUCGUCGAGCAGCACUUGGAGAAGUUAACUGACGAGACUCAGGUUCUGGCAAGGUUUGAAGGCUUCCCAACAAAGAAGCUCGAGGCCCUGAGGAUGGCGGCAGCGCUUUAUUCAAGAUUGGAAGGCAUAGCUACUGAGCUUAAGAACUGGAAAGUAACCCCUCCUUUAAGCCAGCUCCUUGACAAAGUCGAAUCAUACUUCAACAAGAUCAAAGAAGAAGUGGAUGCAUUAGAGAGGAGCAAAGACGAAGAGAUGAAGCGUUUCGUGAGCCAAAACAUUCACUUUGAUUUCGGCAUUUUGCUUCGAAUUAAAGAAUCAAUGGUUGAUGUUUCUUCUGGCUGCAUGGAGUUGGCACUGGAGGAACGGAGAGAGAUAAAAGCAGCAACCGAUGGGGCUCGCAUAGCCAACACUGAGAGCAAAACUAAAACAUGCGUCAAAUUGCUCUGGCGAGCUUUUCAACUGGCGUUUCGCGCCUAUAACUUUGCAGGCGGGCAAGAUGACCGAGCCGACCAGCUGACUCAAAGAUUAGCCGAUGAGAUCGAGGCCGAUCCUUUAUAAAUCUAGUGUCUAUUUUAAGAAUAGUACCUUCUAAUAACUUACCCGCCUCGUAGAAACAUAGGUCGGUGAGAUCAUCUGCAAGAAAGGUCAGUAUGAUCGUCUGCAAGAUCAAUUCCGAAUAACAUGGUCUUGUUAAAGCACUGAUCAUUGGACGCCAUAGCGGUAUGUAAACGGGAGUCGCUGAAUGUAAUAUCCCAUGUAAGAGCAUGAACUUCUAUAUAAGAAUAUAAAGUUCAGUU